GCGCCACUCACAGCCAGCGAGACAGAAGCUCAGUGCAACAAGGAAGCCUCUGGCCAACCCCACGACGGCGACGUCUUUUUCAUCCUGACUUAGCUUCAAGCAAGCAACCUUUAUUCUUGGGACGCAAUGGCUGACGACGUUUCCGGCGAGAGGAUCUAUCUUCACGGAGAUUUGGACUUGGACAUUAUCGAGGCCCGAAUGUUGCCCAAUAUGGACGCUGUGUCUGAGCACUUCCGCCGUUGCGUCACUGGAUGCGAUACUAUCAAAUUCCGUUCAUCCGAUCCCGCUGCUGCAGCGGGCGACCGAGGCCACCGCAAAACUCACCAACAUAAAAAAAUCAUUACCAGCGACCCUUAUGUCACGGUUACUGUCCCACAGGCCACUGUUGCCCGUACACGUGUCAUAAAGAAUUCCCAAAACCCUUGCUGGAACGAGCACUUCAACAUCCCCCUGGCACACCCCGUCAUAGAUUUGGAAUUCCGCGUGAAAGAUGACGACAUUUUUGGUGCGCAACUCGUGGGAACUGUUAAAAUUCCGGCGCAGGGGAUUGCCUCCGGUGAACGUAUUACUGGGUGGUUUCCAAUUCUUGGAUCCUCCGGUAAGCCACCCAAAAGCGAAACUGCGCUUUAUAUUGAAAUGAAGUUCACGCCAGUUGAGAAGAACCGCUGUAUCUUCGCGGCAUCGCGAACGAUCCCGAGCACAAGGGUGUGA